AAAGAAGAGUUGAGUCCUGGAAGAAGGUGAAUGGAAAAGCAGACCAGGCUCAAAGAUUUGAUUGGAGGACAUGGCAGCAGGAAACCGCUGCACAGUGACUGAGUUCUUCUUAGUUGGGCUCUCAGAGAAGUCAGAACUCCAGCUGCCACUCUUCCUGCUCUUCACAGGAAUCUAUCUGAUCACUGUGGCAGGGAACCUGGGCAUGAUCACACUAAUUGGGCUCAGUUCCCACCUGCACACACCCAUGUACUAUUUCCUCAGCAGUCUGUCCUUCAUUGACUUCUGUCAGUCCACAGUUGUUAUUCCUAAAAUGCUCAUGAGCUUUCUGACAGAGAAGAACAUCAUCUCUUACUCUGGAUGUAUGGCUCAGCUCUACUUCUUCCUCAUAUUUGGUAUUGCAGAGUGCUACACAUUAGCUGCAAUGGCAUAUGACCGAUAUGUUGCUAUUUGUAACCCCUUGCUUUACAAUGUAACCAUGUCCUAUCAGAUUUACAGUUCUCUGAUUUCAGGAAUAUAUAUUUUUGCUGUGUUCUGUUCAUCCUUAAACACUGGCUUCAUGCUUAGGACUCAGUUCUGCAAUUUAGAUGUGAUUAACCACUAUUUCUGUGAUCUUCUACCCCUCUUGAAUCUUGCAUCCUCUAAUACGUUUAUCAUUGAAAUAUUGAUUCUAGUUAUUGCUACACUGAAUGUCUUUAUCCCAGUGCUGACCAUUAUUACUUCCUACAUCUUCAUUAUUGCCACCAUCCUCUGCAUUCACUCCAGGGAGGGCAAGUUCAAGGCUUUUAGUACUUGCAGUUCCCACAUCUCUGCUGUUGCUAUCUUUUAUGGUUCUGGUGCAUUCACGUACUUACAGCCCUCAUCACUGAAUUCUAUGGGCCAAGCAAAAGUGUCCUCUGUGUUUUAUACUACUGUUGUACCCAUGCUGAACCCCUUAAUCUACAGCCUGAGGAAUAAGGAUGUCAGUAUUUCAUUGAAGAAAAUACUUGAAAGAAAAAAAUUCAUGUAAGCAGGAAUCAUGUGAACAUUGUUUAUCACAGAAAA